UUGGCCUGCCGGGGCCUGGCUAGUGCCAGUGCAGCCGCCGCCGCCGCCGCGAUGCGCCUCCUGCGCUGCCUGCUGAAGGGCCAUUCGGCGCUGGCCGGGGCGCCCAAGUACAUCGAGCACUUCAGCAAGUUCUCGCCUUCCCCGCUUUCCAUGAAGCAGUUCCUGGACUUCGGAUCCAGCAAUGCCUGCGAGAAGACCUCAUUCACUUUCCUCCGCCAAGAACUCCCUGUCCGGCUGGCAAACAUCAUGAAGGAAAUCAACCUUCUCCCAGACCGUGUGCUGAGCACCCCUUCCGUUCAGCUGGUGCAGAGCUGGUACGUGCAGAGCUUGCUGGACAUCAUGGUGUUCCUGGACAAAAACCCUGAGGACCAAGGGACGUUGGGACAAUUCACGAACGCCCUGGUCACGAUCCGUAACCGCCACAACGACGUGGUCCCCACCAUGGCGCAGGGCGUGAUUGAGUACAAAGAAGCUUAUGGUGAUGACCCCGUCACCAACCAAAACAUCCAGUACUUCCUGGACCGCUUCUACCUGAGCCGCAUCUCCAUCCGCAUGUUGAUUAACCAGCACACCUUGAUUUUCGACGGCAGCACCAACCCGGCCCACCCCAAGCACAUUGGCAGCAUCGAUCCCAACUGCAAUGUCUCGGACGUGGUCAGAGAUGCUUACGACAUGUCCAAGCUGUUGUGUGACAAAUACUACAUGGCCUCUCCCGACCUGGAGAUCCAGGAAGUGAACGCCUCUGGAACAGGACCUCACCCGUGGCCUACUAACCACCCCGACCAGUCCAUCCACAUGGUCUAUGUUCCGUCUCACCUGUACCACAUGCUCUUCGAGCUGUUCAAGAAUGCCAUGAGAGCCACCGUAGAAAGCCACGAGUCCAGCCUCACACUGCCGCCCAUCAAGGUGAUGGUGUUGCUGGGCCAAGAAGACCUCUCCAUCAGGAUGAGCGACCGCGGAGGUGGGGUCCCUCUGCGCAAGAUAGAGCGGCUCUUCAGCUAUAUGUAUUCCACAGCACCCAAGCCGGAGCUGGGGACCGGAGGGACGCCCCUGGCUGGCUUUGGGUACGGCUUGCCAAUUUCCAGACUCUACGCUAAGUAUUUCCAAGGUGACCUUCAGCUCUUCUCCAUGGAGGGGUUUGGGACUGACGCUGUCAUCUAUUUGAAGGCCUUGUCAACAGACUCUGUGGAGCGGCUUCCCGUGUACAACAAAUCGGCUUGGCGCCACUACCAGACCAUCCAGGAAGCCGACGACUGGUGCGUGCCCAGUACGGAGCCCAAGAACACCUCCACGUACAGGGUGACCUAAGACCGAGACUUUUGUUCGCUCGAGGGAACGGUGUCUCUACGCCCGGCCUCAACAACGGAGGCACCGAAACUUUGGGGUGGGGAAGAGAAACACGAGAUGAUCAUCACCAGCACAAACCCACCUCGUUCCGCAAGAGCUCAUGGCUGGCCUGGCCUGCGACCCUGGAGCCUGGCAGCUUCUCAGAUUUGAUUUUUGGAAGUACAUAGCCUAGAUCUCCUUCACAAAUAUUGCCACAGCCUCGCAUGGAACUUCUUUUCCUUCUCCCUGCCCCAUCCCCAGAACUGCUCUCUGGCCUAGCCGAUUGGAGUUUGCCUUCCACGAGUGGUUUGGAUCGUACUCAAGUGUUUUGCACACCAUCUACUAUUAUUAUUAUUAUUAUUAUUAUUAUUAUACCGUAAAAUGGAAGAGCUUAAAGGACUGGGCACUUAAGAUUUAGAGAAGAGUCAAAGGGGGGGUCUACAAGAAGAAAAGGGUGGCAGAGCAGCUGGCGCAGGUGGGCUGUGUUCGUUUCCUGACAUGGACAGAGGGGAAGUGGCACCUAUAGGCAGAUAAACCUGUUGAAAUGAGCAAGCAAGUUUGAGAAAAUUCAAGGCCACCCGGGUUGCUUCUCAACGCAAGCAGAAGAGGGAGGGGGAAUGGUACACAGAAACCCUUGCGUUACAUUAUUUACAUUUCCCAACGUGUAGGACUCCCCAGCUAGGGAGGACUGACAUGAAAAAGAGGCCGUUUUAACUGCAGGUUGGGAAGGUGGGAGAUGGGUACCCAGAAUAGGGGCAGACAGACCGUAGGUGUGCAGUGGGAUCUGUGCCAGCAUUUGAAGGAUGUCUCAGUAUUUCCCUGGGGUCUCCCCGCUCAAUCGGCUUGUCCACCCACCCUGGGCUGAAAUGGCUCUUUGGCUGAGCGCAGCUCUGCUCCCAUUGAGGCUCAUGCUGGCGUGCUUCCCUUCGUGGUGGGGGGAAAACCCUGCACCCACCCCGUUCACUGCGAGCCAAAGCAUUGCCCCCAAACGGGGUGGGCAGUUUGGGGGAGCCUUGUAGUGGCAGGAUUCCCACGUGAUGUUUGCAGGAGCCACACAGAGCCGUUAGGCCGCUUGAGGCGCUGUAACAAAGCAUUGUGGGGAAAACAUGGCGGCAUAAGCAGCUGGGCCUAGUUCAAUGGGUUGUGGUGGGUGAGGGAGAGGCUGGGGUGGGGAGUGUUGAGGGCUUUCCCCUUCAACUCCAGUGGAGCAAGUGGGGGUCUCUGCCCAGAGAAAAAAGGAAUUGUCCCCUCGACCCAGCUGCCUGCGGUGCGUGGAAGGGAUGGGCAGGAUUCGCUGUUUGCAGCAUUGGCGCCAAGUUUGGGAGGUAGAAAGACUGCAAGACCUCCCUCUGCCAUUCCUCCUCCCUUCUCCAGUAUCUCCUACCAGGGUUCCUCACUUCUGGUCCUCGUUCGAAGCAAAUGGGAAUGGUGUUGGGUUUGUUGGCAAAGCGUCCCCAUUUGCCAUUGAUUUCCAUUCCGGUCGCUUCCCCAAUUCAUCUAAGCAGGAAUCGCCUGCGCCCAAAUUCUUCUGAUCUCACCUUUUGGCUCCCCAAGCAACUGCCAGCCAGUCUUUGCUUGGAACCUCCUGCAUGGCAUGCUCUCGAAUUGUCUGGAAGUUUCCAUGUACAUAUAUAUAUAAAUAGAUCUAUUUUAUUUUCUGGGUGGAACCACGGACACA